GCGCUCUAGUAUUCAUCCACCCAUUCGUCCCCAUGACACGAUACAAGAAGCACGUGAAAAAUUUCUCUCGUUCUAUAUCGCCGUAAAAAUGGGGAACUAGUCGCUUAAAAGCGUCGCGCACCUAGUGUGCAGGAGAAAGUUUACGAAAAUGGAAGCCAAUAUGGCGUUUUAUAUUCAACCAUCUGUCGUCCAAUCGACAAAGGACGCAUUUUACGGACCAAGCAGCGGAUCAGGUGUAAUUGCCCAAUACAUAUCGCAAGAAAAUGGAGAACACAAUGUCAUUGUACAGUCUCGAUUGGGAGUUGAAGCAGGAGCCCCUGUGGAAGCAGGAGCCCUGUUCGCCAUCGUAUGUCACCCUUGAUGGCAAUGACGAGUGCUGGCUGCCCAAUGAUGAUUUAGCAAAUACACAAGAAGAGCCUUUCCAUCAAAAACCACUUUCACGUGGGGAGGUUGCGGCUAAAUUACUAGAAGACCUAGAAGAUCUCACUGAGUGGAUCAAGUGUGAACCUUUCAACAAUUGGUUGGAGGAGAAGACUGAUCUACCUAUUCUGGAAGAUUUACCAGUGGAGCAACCUCGUGAUACUUUCUAUGGUGUCAGAGCCCCACUACAUGAGGCUGUGAAACAACAGUCACUGGUGGCCGAUGCCUCUCACAUUUCCAAGGAGGUGCUUCAACCAUCACUGUCUGCCCCUGUCUCUCAGACAGAGACACUGCUUCAAGAAUUUGAGUCUGCAUUUAGAGAAGUUGAACUAAACAAUGGAACCCUCACACCACCUCAGAGUCCCACAAUUGCAAAUUCUGUUACUCAUUACUCACCAACAGAUAGUGUUGUAUCUAAUGAUGCCUUUCUCAUUUCGGAGCCACACAUUCUCCCCAUCCAUGCCACUGCAGUUCCAGUAAAUGUUACUGCCGUUGGCCCAUUCAUAGAAGUAAUUUCUGAAAAGAAAGAUACAUUUUUCACCAACCUCGAACAGAUGGUCCCUUCUACUCCUGCGCCAGAUAUUGCAAAAGAAUUAGCCGACGUAGAUGAGCUGGUACGAUCUCGAGCAGAAGACAUGGAUGUUAGCAGUAAUGCGUGGCAAGAUGUUAACUGCAGGUUCACAAGUGAUUCUAAAGAUGGAUACGAGCCUCAUGUGUUACCACUGAGCCCUAGUACAAGUUCCAACAGCAGUUUUGAAAGCAGUGAAGAAAGUGCUGAUGACCCUGAGUGGGUUCCAGCAGCAGAACAGCUGUCUUCACCUGGGCCACAGAAAUCAUCAGGAAGGAAGAGAGGUUCUUCAUCUAAACCUUAUGCUCGUCCAGGGGUGGAAGAAAAGAAAUUACGUAAAAAGGAACAAAACAAAAAUGCUGCUACCCGCUACCGUCAGAAGAAGAAGGCAGAAAUUGAAGAAAUCUUGUCAGAAGAGAGAGCCCUGGAACAGAAGAAUUCUGAACUUACACAGAAAAUAACUGAUCUGUCACGUGAAAUAAAGUACCUGAAGGGGCUCAUGAGGGACGUGUUUCGAGCAAAAGGACUGAUAAAGUAAUGUAUUUAAUAAUUCAGUGAAUGUAUCAUUUGGUCUGAAUUGUUAGCAUUAGCUUCAUGCCAUAAGUUCUGUUGAGUACAAGUACUUAAUUAUUAGUUAAUGAUCCUAAGGCGUUUACCCAAGGAAAUUUAAACUUAGUGCAAAUGGAAAGGCUGUUUUUGUGUAAAGUGUUAAUUCAUCCUUUGGACAGUAUUCUGCAGGGUGGUUACACUGUCUCCGCUGGUUCACUAUACCAUUGUGUGCGUUGUGAUUGUAGAUAGCUAACUCUCAUUGUGAUGACGUACAAUGUACUGAUGCUGAGAAUGGCGGUUGUUAUCAUAUCACUACCCACACAGUGGCAUGGAUGCAAUGUAUUUGCUUCAUUGUUUUAAUCUGUCAUCAGUCAGGCAUUUCUUGUGUGCUGUUAAAAUAUCAAUGGAAUAUUAACUUAAACUCUUUAAUGAGACACGCUGUUAGGUAAGUAAAUAAUUUUAGAAUAGUUUAGUUUUCUUCUACUUGUGUGUGUGUCUCAUACUUUAUAUUUUUUACUUGGAACUUUUAAGCCUUAUUACUGUAAACACUGAAUGAGUAAUAAAUGGAGAACCUGGUGGAAAAA